GACAGAAAUGAAAAUGAGUCCCCGCGAACAUCAUUCAUACACAUCACAUUUAGUAGUCGGAGCAUAUUUUUUGUUCGUCUUUUUGUAAAAAAAAUUAUAAAAUAUCACUAAUUAACUAACUUGUACGUGUGGUGAUUUGGUUGAUGGCCUUCACAAUAAGGGGACUCUACCAGACCCUGAGAUCUGUCGUCACGAGAAAAAGUUGCCUGCUUCCUCCUCCGACGAAACCAACUAUCAAGAAGCAGAGUCUUAAUUCGUGGGGAAUAUUCCCUCCACGGUCAUCUAUUCUGGGCUGCUUGACCUUGCAAACACAGGUCAAGAAAACUGCGGACGUACAAAACUUGUUCCGGCUACCGUGGAGUUCACUCAUUCGCUCGUUCCAGCUCAACAUUAAUAAUUCUUAUAGCGUCGCAAGGGUGACACGGAAAGUGGUGAAAACCCCUGAAGCAGACUCGGGCUUCCGUUUUAGUAAACUUGGGUACAAGGAAGCAUCAAAUUAUUGAGCAUGGAUUCUGGGGACGAGGACGAGCUGACGACAGGCUCACGAGAUUUUUAUAAAAUGCGUGAAAAAUUGUUCAAGGCCGGUUAUGUGGAGGGGGCCACAACUGCCGAAGAGAAGGCCCACGAGGUGUUUACCCCACGCCAACUCACCACCCAUUUGGCCGUGUACACAGAACUUGGGAAACUGAUGGGUGUGGUCGAAGCUGCAAUCUCUAUCAGUCCAGACUCUGCUGAGGACACCCCGCUGCACACGUUUCUUGCCAAGCUGAACCACUUUGCCUUGAAUUUGAGAGUGAACCCAGGCCAGGAACCUCCCUCGUGGGGUGAGGUGAAGGGAUUUGUGCACGAGUUCAAGACCAUCUGCCCCGACGCUGCGGAACUCUUGGAAACCCUGUUCAACGAGAGAGAGGACGCUCUACGAUCAGAGGGAGGAGGCGGAUGUGGCAACGGUGACUCUAGUUGCAAGUGUAUCAACGGAAUUGCCGUCGAUUUAAAUAAGCUUAGUUUUUAAUGAGGAGAAAGAAGAGUGGAAUUUAUUAACAAAUUCAAUACAAUCAUAUAAAAGUUUUGAACAUUUUGAGUUUUUUGCAUAAGGUUUGACAAUAAGUACCCCUAUAUGGCUUAUCAACUUCAGAAAUAUUAUUUUGAGAAAGUUACCUGAUGAUGAUGCAAGUAUCAUCGAAAGCUUGUAAUAAAUCUGCUGUAUACCUACAACCUAGUAUUCCGAGAAUUUAUUUAUAUAACGCUCUGAAUAUAUGUCUGAUGCAUAUGUUUUUCCAUCAUUUUCAUUUCAUGUAAGAAAUCAUCGACUCGCAUCUAAAUAUUUCUUCAUGUUUUUGUGGUCAACUAACGACCAAGAUCAACAAUCAAGACGGAUAACAGCUACUUCUGCUACACUGAUUUUCCAGACACGAAUGUCAAUUUAUCUCAUUUACCAUAUCAAAUCUCAUGUCGUUGCGAUGGUUAUGAAAUGUCAAGCACAUUCCUGUGAAUCUGCGACAGAAAAUCGGUGAAAGAGAAAAUCUUCAGAUGAGAGAAUUCAAUUCACGAACUUUAUUCCAGUUUGACUCGCACAAAAAGAUUCGUCAAUGUCGUGGAUUUAUCGUCUCUUUGGCCUUGCUCAUCCCCCUGAUCUCCCAGAUUCCAAUCCAUACCCUCGACGAGGCUCGCACGGCCUUCAUCAAGAGUCGGGCCACGUCCUUCAAAAGGCCGCCUCCUCGACUCCAGAAAUUCGAAUGACGGACUCUUCCACCCCAGAGUCGCUGGAACAGGUUGCGUCCCUUCAGGGUCAGCAGUCGGUGGAAGGAGAGGUUGGGAAUGGCGGAGGUGAGGGAGAUGUCGUCGUGGAACCAGAACCAGAACGGGACACAUGGGGGUCCAAGCUUGGCUACAUUCUCACCUUGGUUGGAUAUGCCGUGGGUUUUGGCAACAUUUGGCGGUUUCCGUUCUUGAUGCACAGCAACGGUGGGGUUGCCUUCCUCAUCCCUUACACCGUGAUGGUCGCCUUUGCUGGAAUUCCCCUCUUCUUCCUCGAGCUUGCAGUGGGACAAAGGUUGAGGAAGGGGGCGUUGGGCUCCUGGAACGAGAUCAGCCCUUACUUGGGAGGACUCGGAAUCUCCUGCGGCCUCGUUUGCUACUCUGUCGAGCUGUACUACAACACGUUGGUGGCCUGGGUGUUCCUCUACUUCUUUGACAGCUUCCGGUCGCAACUUCCUUGGACUAAUUGUUCCACGAUCAAGAAGUGGAAGGACGAACCAGUCGAUAAUAUGACUGGUUAUUCCGACGAAUGCGGAGCGUCGAACCAGGCGUCCAAAUAUUACUGGUAUCGCCGGAUGUUGGAUGUUUCCAAUGACAUCACACAGCCCGGGAACUUUAACCCUUGGAUGCUGCUCGCCCUCACCGUGUCUUGGCUCCUCGUCCUUGGCAUCCUCAUCAAGGGGAUCAAAAGCUCAGAGAAGGUCGUCUACUUCACGGCCCUCUUUCCCUACGUCACCCUCACCAUCUUCUUCAUCGCUAAUUUCUUCCAAGAUGGAUGGAAGGACGGUUAUGCCAUCCUUUUAAAACCCGAUUGGAAAACAUUGUACGAUCCCAAGGUGUGGCUGGCCGCAGGUUCGCAGAUCUUCUUUUCCUUGGGUGUGGCCUACGGAUGUCUCAUCGUCUUCGCAUCCUACCUCCCCUCCAACAACAACUGCUACAGGGACGCGGUCUCGGUGUCCAUCAUCAACUGCGCCACCAGUCUCUUUGCCGCCAUUGUUCUUUUCCCUGUCUUUGGAGCAAUUGGAAAACGCAAAUUCAAGCACUGCUUGGAGGACCGUGUGCUUGAAACCCUGAAGAAUCUGGCUAUUAUUAAUGACAAUGACGCACUCGACCAGGACAAGCGAGCCAAUCUGACCAAGUUGUACAGCGUUCUUCCUAUAGAAUUUGGAAACAUUACUAAUUUGAUUUACCACAACGCAACUCCAGCAUUCAACAUGCCAGUAAAUAUUUCCUUGGGACAAAAGUUUAACUGUUCUCUGGAAAAUUUGACUCGUGAUAGUGGGAGUGGCACCGGCCUUGUUUUCAUCGGGUUUGCUGAAGCUGUACUGCACAUGGGAUUCUUUCCUCCUUUCUGGAGCUUCAUGUUUUUCUUGAUGCUUCUCACUCUGGGGAUUGACUCAAGUUUUGGGACUUUGGAGGGAGCCAUCGCCGUGCUUAUCGAUUUGAAAGUCCUCAAAGUCCCUCGAUGGGCCAUCACUUGCAUUGUCACCGGAUCCUUAUUUGUUUUAUCUCUCAUGUUUUGCUGGGGGUGGGGAGUAUACAUCCAAGCCUUUCUGGAUCAAUUCGUCUCCAACUGGAGUCUCCUCAUCAUUGGGUUCUUCGAGACUGUCGGAAUUUCCUACGUCUACGGAUUGGCAAAAUUCUCCUACGACAUCAAACUCAUGACUGGAUCGCGACCAAACAUGUUUAUGCUAAUGUGCUGGAAGUUUAUCACCCCCGCCCUUAUUUUAGCGAUCUUGCUGGCAGACCUGGUUAAUCAGUGCAUGAAUGGCAUAAAGUACGACGUUUACAACAUUACUUCGGGUAGCACCCUGCCAGUUACCCAAAAACCUGGAAUCAUUGCUUUGGGGUACAUCAUUUGGUUGGGAAUCAUCAUUUGGGUGCCGGCUCAAGCUCUUCUCAAGACCUUCGGCAUGUCUCUGCUCCGAGAAGAGAAGCCGGCCUACUUUCCGGAGGAGGAGCUUCGAGCGGAACGACAACUGGGGGAGAACGAUGACGAGGAAUUUGACCGAAUGGACCAGAUCGUGAUGGGGAAGAGCAUUGGUGACUUUCAAGCCCAGUACCGCUCCUCCAAGUCGAACCUCAACACGCUGGACACUUCACUUGCGCCAGAGCCACCCGUCUCUGCUGUCGACAUGGUCAAAACGCCCUCCAAGGAAAACAAAAGCAACGUCUGAAGACAAAAAAACUUCCGCUUUGCAGUUUUGCAUUAUGCACUAAAGUAUAUCACAACAAAAUUACAAGGGUACAAAAAUGAUGAGGAAUAACUAGAAACUAUGUAACAAAAUUAUCUCCGUCAUAAUAAUGUCAUUAAGCGAGUAUAAAACUAUUGAUUAGUCUCAUAAAGAGAAGGUAAACUUUCUCAGGAAUGAUAAUCAUACCGGGUAAACUUACUCAUUACAUAAUACGUAGCUGUAGCUCCUAGUGUUGUUGAGAC